AUGAACCCCCAAAUAGACACUUCAAAGUAUAAGGUCCUCACUGAGGGCUCUGCAUCUGUUCUUUUCCCACCAGACCAGGUCUUUUACAAUCCUGUUCAGCAGUAUAACAGAGACCUGAGCUCGCUAGCUAUUCGCGCAUUCUCUGAGAUAUAUUACGAAGAAAAGCUUGCAAGAAAGCGCAAGCAUGACAAAGAGUCUCCUGAUUUAAAAGAUUCCGAGCCGCAGCCGUACUUGAGAAUUUUGGAAGCACUCUCUGCUACAGGUCUUCGGGCUAUUCGGUAUGGUAAAGAGAUUCCACUCGUUUCUAAGGUGGUAGCAAACGAUCUUUCUAAAGAUGCUGUCAACGCCAUUAAUCUAAACAUUGAAUAUAACAAAAUACAGGACAAAGUGGAGGCCAAUGAGGGAGACGCUAUCCGGGUGAUGGCUGAUUCAAAGGACCAAUUCCAUGUUGUUGAUCUGGAUCCCUAUGGAACUGCAGCUCCCUUUGUCGACUCGGCUUUAAAUUCACUCAAGGACGGGGGCCUUUUGCUGGUCACUUGCACGGAUCUUGGUGUGCUAGCUGGAGCUGGCUAUCCAGAGAAAUGUUUUGCAUUAUACGGAGGAAGUCCAUUGCACGGAGACGUUACUCAUGAAUCCGCUCUUAGACUCGUCUUGCAUAUGAUCUCAACGACUGCUGCCAAAUACAAAAAAUGGAUCGAGCCGCAGCUCUGUUUAUCCAUUGACUUUUACGUCCGUCUGUUCAUACGGGUUAGAACGUCCCCUAUCAAGGUUAAAGAGCUCGCGUCCAAUCAAAUGAUAUGCUAUAAAUGCUCUGGAUGCUACGCUAUUUACAAUCAGCCUCUCGGGCGAUGGACGGAGAAUCCAAAUGCAACAGCAAAACAAAAUAGUAAGAAGUACGGCCUGAGUAAAGGGCCGCCUGUUGGUCCAGAGUGCACAUUCUGCGGCUUUACAAAUCACCUUUGUGGUCCAAUGUGGAGAGGACCUCUGCACAAUCCCGCAUUUAUUGACCGCGUUCUUGGCCUGGAAGAGUCGGCAGAUGAGUCUAUAUUCAAGACUCGGCCUAGAAUCAAGGGUAUGCUGACCAUGGCCAAGAAUGAGCUAGUGGACGUUCCUUUCCAUAUCAAGACAACGACAGUUUCUGCAAUUCUGAAAGGACCAAGUCCAUCGCUUGAUACAUUUGCGGCUGCACUGUCAAAUCUUGGAUACCGGGUCUCGCUCUGCCAUUCGACCCCCGGUGCAAUUAAGACUGACGCCCCGUAUGAGGUUAUCUGGUAUGUCGGUAAGCUGUGGACAGAGAAGAAUGGAGUGACGGCCGACAAAUUGAACCCAAACACUGCAGGACACAGAAUCAUGACUGACAACUCAAUUGGCAAAAACAUUGAUCUUGCCUCUCUAAACAAGGAGAAGAAAGUCGACGAUAUAACCUGGUUGUUCCAGCCCAACGGGGAAAGCAAGAAGUUGAAGGAAUUGCGGAAGAUAAAGAUUGUCAGAUACCAGGAAAACCCAACGGCCAAUUGGGGUCCUAAAGCCAGACCUCAUUAA